GCCACAUUCUCGCCAGAUGCAGUACCAUCGAUCCGCAGUGAAUGCAGCUCUGGUAUAUUAUGCCCAUUAACUAUUCUCUUAAAGUAACCCAAAUAGGACGCGCAUCCGACACUGCAUCAACUGCGCGAUCAACUUCGAAACCCACGCCCACCGCAGUCAUGGCUCACUACUGCUCCAUGGACGCUCGCGUCGAACUCGCUGAAUCCAUCCUAGAUUAUACAUUCGUUGACAAGACGCUAUGCCUUGAAGCUCUGAUGAUGGCAGGCGGUCCUUGUGGCACCAAAGCAAUGGCGACAUACAAUGGCCAACUAUACCCUGUCGAUAAGAACACACGCUUAGCGGUUGUUGGAGAUCGCUUGCUCGAUACCGUACUCAGCGAGAUGUGGUUCGCGACAGGACGUAUCAAAGACGACGAGACAAAGAUCCGGCUCGCGCUAACCAGCAACGACGCACUGGCAGUCCGUGCAGAGAGCCUCGGCCUUGACAAGUGCAUCCGGGUGAACGAUGGCCAGGCCAAGAUUUCGCCGUACAUGAACGCCACGACGUUGGAAGCGUUGGUUGGCGCCGUGCAUUUGGAUGUCGGAGGUGGAGGAGCGGGAUUUGAGGCUGUGCGCAAGGUCAUGACGAGAUUAGGAUUUCUUGAGCAUACACUGCUGAAGGCGAAAAGAGAGGUGAUGGGGCAUAGUGGGUUUAUGGCGCCGUGAAGUGCGGUUUGAAACCGGAUGUGACUGAAAGGACGAGGGAGACUUUAGAGUUAGGUGAUGGCAUAAUAGAUGAAAGGAUGGAUAUGCGGUCGGUAGGAUGGAAAACAGACCAAAAAUGAAGAAACAUGGUGGCAAAGUAGCGAAGAGCCUUGUUCUGAGCCCUUUUUGGAGGUUCUUGACCUUGCUGGUGGCUUCAACUCAUUA